AUGGAUAACACAAAGGAGAAGAAUGAUGAUUACAAAGAUGAUCUUCUGCUUAGAGUGGGACUUAAUGAUAAUAAAGCAGGAAUGGAAGGACUAGAUAAAGAGAAAAUUAACAAAAUUAUAAUGGAAGCCACAAAGGGGUCCAGAUUUUAUGGAAAUGAGUUGAAGAAGGAAAAGCAAGUCAACCAACGAAUUGAAAAUAUGAUGCAACAAAAAGCUCAAAUUACCAGCCAGCAGCUAAAGAAAGCACAAUUACAGGUUGACAGAUUUGCAAUGGAAUUAGAACAGAGCCGGGAUCUGAACAAUACCAUAGUACAUAUUGACAUGGAUGCUUUCUAUGCCGCUGUAGAAAUGAGAGACAAUCCGGAACUUAAGAAUAAACCCAUUGCUGUAGGAUCAAUGAGCAUGUUGUCUACUUCAAAUUACCAUGCAAGGAGGUUUGGUGUCCGUGCAGCCAUGCCAGGAUUUAUUGCUAAGAGACUCUGCCCACAACUUAUUAUAGUGCCCCCAAACUUUGACAAAUACCGAGCUGUGAGUAAAGAGGUUAAGGAAAUACUUGCUGAUUAUGAUCCCAAUUUUAUGGCCAUGAGUCUUGAUGAAGCCUACUUGAAUAUAACAAAGCACUUACAGGAAAGACAAACUUGGCCUGAGGACAAAAGAAGAUAUUUCAUCAAAACAGGGAACUCUGCAGAAAACGAUAAACCAAGAGAGGAAGUUAAUAAAUUGAGUGAGCAUGAACAAUCUAUCUCUCCACUACUUUUCGACGAUAGUCCUCCUGAUUUGCAGCCUCCAGGAAUCCCUUUCCAAGUGAACUUUGAGGAACAGAACAAUCUUCAAAUACUCCAAAACUCAGUUGUUUUUGGAACAUCAGCCGAGGAAGUGGUAAAGGAAAUUCGUUUCAGAAUUGAGCAAAAAACAACACUGACAGCCAGUGCAGGCAUUGCCCCAAAUACAAUGUUAGCAAAAGUGUGCAGUGAUAAGAAUAAACCAAAUGGCCAAUACCAGAUUCUGCCCAACAGACAAGCUGUAAUGGAUUUCAUCAAGGACUUACCCAUUAGAAAGAUUUCUGGAAUAGGAAAAGUUACAGAGAAAAUGUUAAAGGCCAUUGGAAUCAUUACUUGCACCGAACUCUACCAACAGAGAGCAUUACUUUCUCUCCUUUUCUCUGAAACAUCUUGGCAUUAUUUCCUUCAUAUCUCCCUGGGACUAGGCUCAACACAUCUGGAAAGGGAUGGAGAGAGGAAAAGUAUGAGCGUUGAGAGGACAUUCAGUGAGAUAAGUAAAGCAGAAGAACAGUACAGCUUGUGCCAAGAGCUUUGCAGUGAGCUUGCUCAAGAUCUUCAGAAAGAAGGACUUAAGGGUAGAACUGUUACCAUUAAGCUGAAAAACGUGAAUUUUGAAGUAAAAACUCGUGCAUCUACAGUUUCGUCUGUUGUUUCUACUGCAGAAGAAAUAUUUGCCAUUGCUAAGGAAUUGCUAAGAACAGAAAUUGAUGCUGAUUUUCCACAUCCCUUGAGAUUAAGACUUAUGGGUGUGCGGAUAUCUGGUUUUCCCAAUGAAGAAGAAAAGAAACACCAACAAAGGAGCAUUAUUGGCUUCUUACAGACUAGAAACCAAGCCCUGGUGGCCCCUGGAUGUAUACUAGAGAACACUGACAAAGAUCAGCUUGUUAAACCUCUAGAAAUGCCUCCUAAGAAGAGUUUCUUCAAUAAAAAAAGAUCAGAAAUUAAAUGGAACCAAGACACAUUUAAAUGUGAAACUGUGACUAAACAAAGUUUACACACAUCACAGCCAUUCCAAGUUUUAAAGAUGAAGACGAAUGAGAAUUUAGAAACAUCAAAAAAUUCGGAUAAUUGUCAGAUAUAUACCUGUCCUGUUUGCUUUAGGAAGCAAGAAAACAUCAGUCUGGAUGCCUUUAAUACACAUGUGGAUGCAUGUCUAGGUGGACCUUCAGUGAGUGAAGAUCACAGGUUCUCUACAGAAGUGAACAAGAAAGAAAAUGUGUACCAUUCUCUUUCAGUCUGUGAGAAGCAGGAUUCUGAAACCCAUCAGAAUACAGUAAUCACUUCGGUAGACUGUGUAGAUUUGGUGGAGACAAUAGGUAACCUGUCUAAAGGAGAAAAUAUAGAUGCUUUAGGUAAUAAGCCCAGCAAAGAGGAAUAUUCUAGCAUUGCAAGCAAGUCUUUAAAUAUUAAAUGCUUUCAUCAGAAUUCUUCUUCUACUGUUUCACUGAAAAAUGAAGAUGAUAGGUCAUUAAGUAGGCAAGAAUCUCUCCAGCCUUAUUUACAUGAAACAAUAACAGACCAUAUUCUAGUUUGUCCUGUUUGUAACCUAGAACAAAAGACUUCCGAUCUUUUCCUGUUCAAUAGGCAUGUGGAUGUUUGCUUAAAUAAAAGUAUUAUCCAGGAACUGCGGGAGGAUAAAAUUAAUCCAGUUAACCAGCCCCAUGAAAGCUCAAGAAGUACUGGUAGCUCAGUCAGAGUACAGGACACUGUAACAAGAACCAAAAGGCCAGGACUGAUAAAGCAUUCAAGAUCAAAGAAAACAAAACCAAACAAUUCUCGACACACUCUCGAUCUGUUUUUUAAAUGA